ACUCUCGCCAUGCCAGUGCCCACGGAGGGCACCCUGCCACCCCUAAGUGGCACACCAGCCCCUGCCUACUUCCGCCACUCAGAACCUGGCUUCUUUCUCAAGAGGCGACGCAGGCUCAGCCAGAGCCUCCCACCCCGGCCCCCGGCCAAGGGCUGCAUCCCAGUCAGCCGCAUCUUCCCUUGGCGGACCCCUGGCUGGCAUCAGCCGCGGACAGUGUCCUUCCGGGCUGAGGCCCCGGAGCUCCUGCAGAGCACCCAGUAUGAUCCCGGCCGGCCUGAGUCCUUCUUCCAGCAGUGCUUCCAGCAGCUGGGCCACCUGGGCCAUGGCUCCUACGGGGAGGUGUUCAAGGUGCGCUCCAAGGAGAAUGGCCACCUCUAUGCUGUCAAGCGCUCCCUGUUGCCCUUCCGGGGCCCCAAAGACCGAGUCCGCAAGUUGGCAGAGGUGAGGGGCCACGAGAAGGUGGGGCAGCACCCCCGCUGCGUGCGGCUGGAACGCGCCUGGGAAGAGCGUGGCCUGCUGUACCUGCAGAUGGAGCUGUGUGGGCUGAGCCUGCAGCAGCACUGUGAGGCCCAUGGCACCAGCUUGCCAGAGGGCCAGGUCUGGAGCUACCUGAGGGACACUCUGCUGGCCCUGGCCCACCUGCAUGGCCAGGGCCUGGUCCACCUCGACAUCAAGCCUGCUAACAUCUUCUUGGGCCCACGGGGCCGCUGUAAGCUGGGUGACUUUGGGCUGCUGGUGGAGCUGGGAUCUGCUGGGGCCAGUGAGGCCCAAGAGGGGGACCCCCGCUACAUGGCCCCUGAACUACUUCAGGAUUCUUAUGGGACAGCGGCAGACAUAUUCAGUCUAGGCCUCACCAUUCUGGAAGUGGCCUGCAACAUGGAGCUGCCCUGUGGUGGUGAGGGCUGGCAGCAGCUGCGCCAGGGCUACCUGCCCCCUGAGUUCACUUCAGGACUGUCUUCUGAGCUGUGCGCCAUCCUCGCCAUGAUGCUGGAGCCGGACCCUACACUGCGGGCAACGGCCAGGGUGCUCCUGUCACUCCCCAUGCUCAAGGAGCCUAGGCCCUGGAGCGUCCUGUGGUCCACGGCAGCUGAUGCCCUGAGCCGAGGGUGGGCACUGUGGCAGGCCCUGGUCUCCCUGUUGUACUGGCUCUACCACUCGCUGGCCCGCCCUGCCAACUGGCUGCAGCCCCCAGCCCCACCGGCCACCCCUCCUUGUUCACCCCAUUGCACUUUCCUCCAGGACCACAGGCUCUCCAGCAAUGUGGAGGACAACAGCUUUGGGGACCUCCUCGACCUGAGCAACACUCACCCAGCACCUUCUGAGGGCUCCUUACUGUCCUUUGAGCCCCGGAACCUCCUCAGCAUGUUUGAGGAUUCUCUGGACCCCAGUUCCCCCACCCAACCUGGAAAUUCUUAA